AUGCUCGCGUAUCAUGCCCUGCAGCGCGAAGCCGAGACUGAUCAGAGGCUCAAGGUCCUGCUCGUCGAGUACGAGAACCUGGUGAUAGACCCAGAGAAGGUGGUGCGCCGGAUAGCACAGGCCAUGGGGGCGGACCUCAAGGGCCCGUUUCAGGGGCUCGAGCAGAUGGCCAAGCAUCACGGCUCCUCGCAUGGGCGCCAGAAGGCGCUGCAGAGCAUCGAACACAUGCAGUAUCUAGAGUCCUGGAUGAGCCCAAUGGAGGCGAUGCUGGGUCGCGAUGCGCGGGCAAAGGUGUGCGGACACUUGGAUGCAGAGAUGAUGGCAGCCCACGUGGUGAACACCUCGAAUGGGUCGCGCUCAUACCUGGCCGACUGCGACUUCGGCCGCUGA